AUUCGAGCGUCGGAAGCUUCUCUUGCAGUCCAAUUCUGUGAGCGUUCAUCCUUUCCAGCAUGGGAGCUUUUCGUUGGCUCUCAAUUGCGGCCGCUUCGUCGGUCGCUUUGGCCCUGACCCCGGAACAAUUGCUCAGUGCUCCCCGGAGAUCUGAGGCGAUUCCCAACCCUUCUGGUGUACGUUAUUUUUUCCGAUCAAUUGACCUCAAGGUAUCGAUUGCGCCCGGGACGCUAACUGUCAUUCUCAGAAACUCGCCGUGUUCUCGACGUCGCAAUACUCGUUCGACACGCACAAGGGCAAUUCCUGGUGGAGCUUGUUGGACCUGAAGUCUGGCGACAUCAAGCCUCUCACCAAUGACAGCAAUGUCUCGGAGAUUGUCUGGCUAGGUACCGAUGACUCUACCGUGCUCUACGUCAAUGGCACCAAUGCAGAGGUCCCCGGAGGCGUGGAACUGUGGGUGUCGAAGAUUUCGGACUUUACCAAAGGGUGAGUGACUUUAGUCAUCUCUCGUGUAAUACUUCGGCUUCAAUGACUCAUGAAACGGUGUGAUAGUUACAAAGCCGCAUCUUUGCCUGGUCCCCUAUCGGGCUUCAAGACCGUCACCACUCACUCCGGUGAUAUCAAGUUCGUUGCGUACGCUGAAUCAUACGCCAAUGGCACUGUGUACAAUGAGGAGCUUGCGGAGACCGCGCUGAGCUCUGCCCGGAUCUAUGACAGUCUCUACGUGCGUCACUGGGACUUCUAUCUCAGUACCAGAUUCAACUCCGUGUUCUCCGGUACUCUGAAGAAGUCCGGCGGUCAGAAGUCUCAGUACAGCUUCAAGGGAGGACUGAAGAACCUCGUGUCCCCCGUGAAGAACGCUGAGAGUCCCUACCCGCCUUUCGGAGGCUCCUCGGACUACGACAUUUCUCCCAACGGCAAGUGGGUUGCCUACAAGAGCAAGGCUCCCGAUGUUCCUCGUGCCAACUACACCACGUCGUACAUCUACCUUGUCCCCCAUGACGGUUCCACCAAGGCUGUCGCUAUCAACGGACCUGACAGCCCCGGAACUCCUAAGGGCGUUGCUGGAGACUCCAGCGGUCCUGUUUUCUCCCCCGGAAGCGACAAGAUCGCUUACUUCCAGAUGACUGACGCGACUUACGAGUCUGACCGUCGCACUCUGUAUGUCUACAGCAUCGGCUCUAAGAAGACCAUUCCUGCCGUCGCUAAGGACUGGGACCGUUCUCCCGACUCCGCCAAGUGGCUUGACAAGAAGAACCUGAUCAUUGGCAGCGAGGACGAGGGCCGUCAGCGUUUGUUCUCGAUCCCCGCCAAUGCCGGCGACGGCUUCAAGCCCAAGAACUUCACGAGCAAUGGCGCUGCCGGCUCGUACUAUGUCCUUCCCGAUUCCACCAUCCUGGUCACUGGCAGUGCCAUCUGGACCAACUGGAACGUGUACCUUGCCAGCCCCAAGAAGGGAGUCUUCAAGAAUUUGGUGUCUGCCAACGAGAUCGAUGCCGAACUCAAGGGACUUGGACCCGCCGAUGUUGACGAGUUCUACUACAAGGGUAACUGGACUGAUAUCCAAGCUUUCGUCAUCUACCCCACGGACUUUGACAAGAGCAAGAAGUACCCUCUUGCCUAUUUGAUUCACGGUGGCCCCCAGGGCUCGUGGGCCGACUCGUGGAGCACCCGUUGGAACCCCAAGGUGUUCGCCGACCAGGGCUACGUCGUUGUCGCACCUAACCCCACCGGUAGCACUGGUUGGGGUGAUGAGCUGACCGACGCCAUCCAGAACAACUGGGGCGGAGCUCCCUAUGAUGACCUCGUGAAGGGCUGGGAAUACAUUCGUGACAACCUUGACUUUGUUGACACCGACAACGGAGUUGCCGCUGGAGCUAGUUACGGAGGUUUCAUGAUCAACUGGAUCCAAGGAGGUGACCUUGGUCGCAAAUUCAAGGCCCUGGCCAGCCACGACGGCACCUUCGUGGCCGAUGCUAAGAUCUCCACCGACGAGUUGUGGUUCAUUGAGCGCGACUUUAACGGUUCCUUCUGGGGUGCCCGUGACAACUACCGCCGCUGGGAUCCUUCCGCCGUCGAGCGGAUCCUCCAGUUCAGCACCCCUCAGCUUGUCAUCCACAACGACAAGGAUUACCGUCUCGCUGUCUCGGAGGGUCUGGCCCUGUUCAACGUCCUGCAGGAGCGUGGCGUUCCCAGUCGCUUCCUCAACUUCCCUGAUGAGAACCACUGGGUUGUCAACCAGGAAAACAGCCUCGUGUGGCACCAGCAGGUCCUUGGCUGGCUGAAUCGUUACUCUGGCGUCGAGAAGAAGAAUCCCGAUGCCGUCAGCCUAGACGACACUGUCAUCCCGGUUGUUGAUUACAACCCUUGA